AUGUCGGUCAAGGAAAAGUCGAAAGAGCCUCAGCCUGUCAAUUUCUGGGAGAACGGUGGCUAUAAGGCUGAUUUGGACAGAAUAAAUGGAGACAUUGAACAUGCAGCUCUUUUUGCCAAGUGCAUUCAAGAGCGGUCCGUGAUUGAGGCCGAGUACGCUAAGAAGUUGACAAAGUGGAGGGACAGUUACUCGGCUCAGUUCAAGAAGACAUCUCUGUACGGUACUCAUCAGGGCGCCUGUGAACAGAUUUUGGAGACGACGCAGCCUGUCAUCAGGAUUCACGAACAUAUGUCAAGGGCUUUGGUGAACCAAUGCGUUACCGAGACUAACGAAUGGAAAAAGAACACCUACAAGCCGAAAGUCUUUGGCGGAUACAAGGAAUUUGAAGAUCUCGAGAAGGAUUUCGCCAAAGCGCAAAAGAAGUGGAAUAAAGUGAACGAAAAACUCGCAGCCCAAAAGAAACACUAUCACAAACUUGUCGCCCAGAAAGCAACAAGUGAUUCGGCAGAAUCGGAAGCAAAGACUGCCGACUUGAAGGUAUCGGAGGAAAAGUACAAAAACCUCCUGGUGGAAGUGGAGCAAAUGGCACCUAUUUACGUGGCGGAAAUGACGAGAAUCCACAAGCGAUCGCAAAUGUACGCUCAAAAGAAAAUUGAGUUCCUCUCCUCGCUGUUCCGAGAUUACGUGAGCAUCACCGAUUUGUCCAAGUACGACCAAAAACUGGCGGAACAGACGAGGAUGGGCAACGAUGCGAUUAACAGCAUCAACAUUGCCGCAGAUCUGGAGACUUGGAACGUAAAAGUCAACUUUGGCAAAGAUCUGGUUCUUCCUGACUUCGAGCCGGAAGAAAACAAGAAUUCAGCCGUUAACGCCAACGGAAACAAUAACAACGGAACAAUCAAGAGCACCAAAAGUAUCAAAAUUGACGACCCUGGAAUCGAGCCUGUUCGAAAAACAUCGGGCACGGAAGUGCGCCGCGAGAGCUUCGAUGGUUCUUCUACCCAGAAAGUCUACGCUCUUUACGAUUAUGAACCAAAAUCUGGGGGCGAGUUAAAACUGACCGCUGGAAUGGAGUUUAUGAAGCUCAGCGCCGCCGACGAACAAGGCUGGUGCGAAGGAGUGACCGCUAGUGGCGAAAAGGGUCACUUCCCUUCAACAUAUGCGUCUCCUGUUUUGCCUUAA